CAAGUUAGUCAUGAAUACUACAACAGGAUCUUUGACGGUGUUGACAUACUUGAUUGAGGGGUGUUUGGUGUGUGUUGUUUAGUUUUUCUGUUGUGUUGAUAAGCAUCUGUAACCAAAUUACUGGAAGAGAAUUGCAAUCAAGAUGGAUCCUGCGCUGCUGAGGGAACGAGAAUUGUUCAAAAAAAGAGCGUUAUCAACACCUACGGUUGAGAAGAAAAAGAAAGACGAAAAUUCUUCAGCACCCAGAGAUGACUCUAAAAAGAAAGCAAAAGCACCAUCUAAUGUCUCAGCAGCGCCAAAGCUGGAUGUUGUCAAUUAUAAAACCAUGACUGGUAGUUCUCAGUACAAAUUUGGCGUACUGGCAAAAAUUGUCAGGCAUAUGAAAUCCAGACAUCAAGAAGGUGAUGAUCACCCAUUAACUCUUGAUGAAAUUUUAGAUGAGACAAACCAGCUAGAUGUUGGGUCAAAAGUGAAACAGUGGUUGCUCUCGGAGGCUCUUAUUAGCAAUCCGAAAAUUGAAGUCACAGAGGAGGGGAAGUUUAUUUUUAAGCCACCAUAUAAAAUUAAAGACAAGAAAAGUUUAUUAAGGCUGCUGAGAAAUAAUGAUCUCAAAGGUCUUGGAGGAAUUUUACUGGAAGAUGUACAAGAGUCCCUACCACACUGUGACAAAGCUUUAAAGAGUUUGCAGAAUGAGAUAAUAUAUAUUACGCGGCCCAUUGACAAGAAAAAGAUUGUGUUCUUUAAUGAUAAAUCAGACACACUACCUGUAGAUGAGGAAUUUCAGAAGUUGUGGCGCUCUGUGGCUGUUGAGAGUAUGGAUGACCAAAAAAUUGAGGAAUAUUUGGAGAAACAGGGUAUCAGGUCAAUGCAAGAUCAUGGACCAAAGAAAAUACUGCAUCAUAAACGAAAGAAACCAAACCAGCGAAAGAAAGUUUUCAAGAAGCCACGUGAUAAUGAACAUUUGGCGGAUGUUCUUGAAACUUAUGAAGAUAAAUGAAACUACUGUAACAACAGGAGUAUUUUAAAAGAUUCCACAGUACAGCUCACCACAGAACCUACUGUGACUCAUCAUAUCAGAAACUUCACUGAAGUUUCUGCCUACCACUCAGCAGUAUAUUGCACUUUCCAUUUUUAGGUUAAGAA